ACGUAUUUGUUUUAUUUCGUGCUUUGCAAGACAUGGGGUUAGCCACAUGUGAGUGAAAUACUGAGUUCCACGAGUUGGGGUAUAGAAAAAAAAAAUAACAUGGCAUCAGUGGAAGAGGAUUUUCCUCGGGGGGGUAAAGUUAAAAGGGCCGAGGGGAGCCAGCCCGUGAGGAACCAUGUGGAGCAAGACAACUUGUUUGAGGCCCGUGACCCAGAAGAAGGAAAGAAAAGAAAGAAGAAGAGAACUGAGGAAGAGAAGACAUCAAAAAAGCGAAUGAACAGGGAGGAGGAAACUCUGAAACUCAAUGCAUCAAAGAAUGUGGAAAUUCUGCAUUUAAGGAAUGUAACUGUGGGUACUCUGCUACUGGGCUGCGUGAAAGAGGUUAAUGAUUUUGAGCUGGUGGUCAGCCUUCCCAGUGGCCUGACUGGCUUUGUCCAGAUCACCAACAUCUCGGACUCAUAUACCAAACUGCUCAGUGAACAGCUGGAUUCAGCCCAGAGCCUGGAGGAAACGCUGACCCUUCCACGCCUCUUCCCCCCUGGGAUGUUGCUCAGGUGUGUGGUGUCAAGCGUGGAGGUCACUAAAGGAGGUCAUCAGAGUCUCAAGCUGUCAGUCAAUCCAAGAGAGGUCAAUAAGGCUCUGGGUGCUGGAUCUCUUAAAGCAGGCAUGCUUAUCAGUGGCAGUGUGGAGAGUAUUGAGGAUCAUGGCUACCUGGUGGACAUUGGUGUUAGUGGAGCCAAAGCUUUUCUACCCAGACAAAAGGCAAAGGAUCUACAAUUAGAAAGCAAAGGAGGCCUUAUGGUGGGUCAGUACUUGAAUUGCCUGUUGGAGGAGGUGAAAAACGAGGGCCGAAUUGUCCGGCUGUCUGUCGGUCCGUCUGAGAUUGCUAAGGCCGUAGCUGACACCCAGCAGGGCUGGACACUCAACAGUCUGCUGCCAGGGCUCAUAGUCAAAGCCAAAGUUAAAAAGGUGACCAUUCAUGGCCCCAUUCUGGAGUUCCUUUCCUCCUUCACUGGCACUGUGGACUUCCUGCACAUUGAUUCAGAGAAAGCCUCUGACUACACCCCUGGCGACACUGUUAAGGCCUGUGUGCUGUACAUCGACCCCUCCACAAGGACAGUGGGCCUGAGCCUGCGGCCCCACCUGCUGCACCCAGGCAGCAAGCUGCAUACCGUUAGCAACACGCAGAUUGGGGAGGUGGUGCAGGACUGCAAGGUGAAAUCCUUCCACCAGCACUCGGGAGCCAUCCUGAAGCUGCCAGACGGAUCUCUUGUUUUUGCACACAAAAAUCACCUGAAGGAAUCGCAUGAAUCCUUCGACCCCAACCGCACCCUGGCUGGGUCCACUCACACCUGCCGGAUCCUGGACUUCAGCCCCCUGGAGCAGAUGCUCCUGGUCAGCCUGCGCAAGAGUGUGAUUGAAGCCCCAUUCCUCCAGUACCAGGAUCUACAGCCUGGACAGCUUGUUACAGGCAUAGUGACUUCACUGCACGAUUUCGGCAUGCUGGUGAAAGUGACAGAGCACAUCCGGGGCAUGGUUCCACGGACACACCUGGCUGACAUUAUCCUGAAGAACCCAGAGAAGAAGUACAGGCCUGGGGAUGAAGUCAAGUGUCGAGUUCUCACAGUAGACCCCAAAGUGAAAAAUCUUGUGCUAACAAGGAAGAAGACCCUGGUGGAGUCCACCUUGCCUCUGAUCUGUACCUAUCAAGAUGCAAAGCCUGGGCAAAUGUCUCACUGCUACAUUGUUAGUGUGAAGGACUUUGGCUGUAUCGUUCGUUUCUAUGGCAACGUCAAGGGCCUGGUUCCUGUUGGUGAGCUCAGCAUGGAGCCUAAAGUUAUCCCAGAAAAACUUUUCUACGUUGGGCAGGUUGUCAAAGCCAAGGUCAUGAAGUGUGACCCUCAUCAAGAGAAGCUGCUGUUGUCCUUCAAGGGAGUAGCAGAAGACAUUCAAACAGUUCCAGAAGAGAGUUCCUUUGAAUAUGAAGUUGGAAAGACUGUGGAAGCAAGGAUUGUCCAGAAGACUGACAGCGGUCUCAAGGUCUCAAUUCUCCCUGAAGAAGCAGCUGCAUUCCUUCCCACAGUGCACCUCUCUGACCAUGUGUCUAACUGCUCACUGCUCUGGGAGGGACUAAGAGAGGGUGACAUCAUCUCUAAUGUUGUGUGCCUCAGCAAGAGCAAGGAACAGAUUAUACUGUCCAAAAAGCCUUCUCUGAAGGCUGUCUUUGAGGAUGGAGUCGUGGCCAGAAACUUUGCAGAACUGAAUGCUGGGAUGCUGCUGGCAGGGUGGAUCAAGAACGUCAUGUCCUAUGGAGUGUUUGUCGAGUUCCCGUAUGGAUUAGUUGGACUGGCUCCCAUAUCUGCGAUGAGUGACAAGUUCGUCACAAACACGGGGGACGCCUUCAAGGUAGGGCAGACUGUGGUCGCCAAGGUAACCAACCUGGAUGAAGAGAAGCGGCGGUUCCUAGUCACCCUGAAGGUGUCGGAGGUCAGCUUGGAGCGUGAAGAAGCAGCAGCUUUGCUGUCACAGUGUAUUCAGGAAAGGAACACUGUGGCCCAAAUGAUGGCCAACCAAGGCCAUUCUGAACUACUGCAGAGUCUCUCCAGCCUGAAGGUUGGGCAGAAGCUGAAACUCACAGUGGAUGAAGUAAAUGAUAAUGGGACAGCUACCUUUAAAGCAGACCAUCUUAAUGGAGUAACCAUACUGGCCUCAAAGUAUCACUUAACUGGUGUCACUGUUGUCGAAGGGCAGAAGGUAACCGGAGUGAUACUUCAUGUGGAUUUCCUCACCCGCCAGCUUCACAUCUCCCUGUCUCCCCUGCUGGUCUCCAGUAAGUGCAAGCUUAAAGCCAAUGUAACAAUGCCUGCAACACUGCAGUAUGUGGAACGGGACUUUGCCGUUAUCAGGUUGGGCGAGACUGGCCAUCUUACUUUCAUCUCUACAAAGACCCAUUGGAAUGAUACGUUCCGCUUUGAGUCUGAGCGGUUGUCUGUGGGCCAGUGCCUCACUGUUACGGUGAAAAAACCCAAAUCUGAGGAGCUUGGGGGGUUCCCCUCCGUCACCUGGGUGUCUGGGAAAAUAGUGGGCUCCAGACGGGAGCGCAGCCUCUCACAGAGCAAAGAUGAGAAGCUCGGUGGCCCCAAGCACCCCUUCAGCUUGGGCGACACGGUGAAAGGUACCAUCAAGACCAUCAGGCCGCUCAGUGUCCUAGUGGCCUUGGAAGGGGGAAUCACCGGCAGCAUCCACGUCUCCGAGGUUCUGGAGCAGGUGAAGCCGGGCACGUUCCCUGUGUCUACAUUGACGAAGGGCAGCACCGUCACUGCCCGUGUCAUCGGGGGAAGAGAAGUCAGGAGUCACAAGUUUUUGCCAAUUUCUCAUCCAAACUUUACUUUCACGAUACCUGAACUGACACUUCUACCAAGCAAGAUGGAAGGAGACCUGCCAACCCAGGAGGAGCACGCUGAAGCAUUGGAAAACUACCAGCCUGGACAGGAGGUCACCUGUUUUGUGUACAAGUACAACACUGUGAAGAAGUGCCUGGAGGUUGACGUGACCCCAGUCCUCGGUGGGAAAGUGGACCUGCUGCUGAUGAGCUUGACCCCAAAAGAGCUGAAACACCCAGAGAAGUUGUGUAAACUGGGGCAGGCACUGAAAGCUACUGUUGUCAGCACAAGCUCUUGUAAAACAAAGCUGGUUCUCUCUCUCACAGGUCUCCACAGCUUAACCAACGGAUCCAUCACUCUAGGCACUGUUGCCAAAAUCGUGAAACGCGUCGGCCUUGUUGUGUCCCUGCCUUUCGGGCACACUGGCCGUGUGUCAGUUUUAGACCUCGAUGAUUGUUACAGGCCCAACCCUCUGGACAGUUAUCAUGUGGGUCAGGUUGUCAGGUGCUGCAUUGUUGAAAGUGAAGAGAACAAGCUACAGCUGUCUCUCCGGAGGUCCAGGACAACCCCUGGAAGUAGUCAGGUAGUGAAGGACCCAGAAAUCCCCUCCAUUGCUGACCUGAAGGAAGGCCAGCGGUUACGUGGCUAUGUGACGUCUAUUAAAGACUGUGGUGUCUUCAUUAGCCUUUCGAGGUCCAUCAUUGGUCGAGCUCAGUUUCACCAUGUCACAAAGCACUUCACGGCUGACCAUAGUGUAUUUGUGAAACACAUUCCCCUGAACUCUCUGCUUACUACCAAGGUCUUGAGCAUAGACAAAGAAAAGGGUCAAGUGGAACUGUCUUUACUCCCAGAGGACACUGGGGGGCCUGAUGUCCUCCCAGAAUCCCUGGGUUUGCCACUGCGGAUGAAGGUGGAAGAGACGACAGAAGAUUCUCAGAAGAAGCGAAAGAGGCAGACUUCCGAGAGUGAGCAGGAGGCAAUUGAGAAAUCCAAGAAGAAAAAGAAGAAGAAGACGUCAGGAAAAUCGGAGGAGAACGACAGUGGAGUGGAGGUCUAUUUCCGAGAGGACGAGGAGGAGAAUAAAAAGCUACCCUCUAAGAAGGCCCAGCCUGCUCAGACUGAAUGCGUGAGCCCCCAGCGACUCCAUGUCUCCAGUGGAUUCUCGUGGGACACGGGCCUCAGUACCCUACGGCCAGCCACUGUGGAUCCAGUAGCAGAUUCUUCCAGUGAGGAAGAGGAGGAAAACACGGAGAAAAAGGCAAGUCACCCCCAGAAUUCCAUUUUGCCAUUGUGAGGUCUGGAUGUGUACAGCA